UCCGCAAACGGUAAAAAUGUUCACGGACAAAGUAAAAAACUCUCAGUAGGUGCUGAAAUAUAUCCGUGCGCAUCCUGCAUCGACUGAGAAGCCCAAACUGCACCCGGUAUCGGCGAACUCUUCUCCCUUCGCGCAGAGCACAUGACGUCACACGAGGCGAAGAUCGUGGGGCCACGUCGCGCCUUGGUCAUGCUCGGCGCGAUCCUGUUCGUCACGGUUUGGCUUUCUGCCUCGAGACUCAACUACGCGAGAGUGCGAUUGUCCCUGCGUUCGAGCUUCGCAAACAGAAGCAGGCUCGUCGCCGACUUUCUCCUCGGCGAAGCCAAUGAGAGGCGCGCAGCAACAGGCAACGUGACGGGAGGCAAUGAAGACGGCGCACCGUACGAAAAGUACAGGAUGACCCUGGUGUUCGUGAUUUGCGGGAAUGACUACCCCUUGGGUCGCAUCGCCAUCCGGUCGGCGGUCGCCUACUCCACGACGCCGUUGCAGAUCAUCGUCAUUGCGGACAAAGAAAAUGAGGGAAAAGUUCUCAAAGAGUUCGGUACCUGGCCUGAGAACGUGAAGAGGCGCGUCCGCUUGCACGUGCGUCCGCCUUCGACCCCUGACGACAGCAGGGAGGGCAAGGCGACCGCGAUCAAGAAAUGCGCCUCGCAGGCCCUGCAGCUCCCGGAAAUGUUUCCUCAUCUGGAUGCCGCCAUAUACGUGGACGUCGCCAUGGUGUUUGUGGAAGUCGUCGAGGACAUGUGGAGACUCUUCGCCCUCCUAAACGAGCAUCAGUUUGCGUUGAUGGCACCGGAGUCGGAAAGCGCCCACAACCGGUACCGGAAACAGAAGAAGCACCCGUUCUUCUGGCCAUACGGCGUGCGGUCAGACAUGAUGAUGAUGAACCUAACACGAAUGCGCAAAUUCGGCUUCAAAUGGCGCGUCCAGAAAACGAGAUGGCAGUUCGCGAGCAUUGGUGUUCACCGGGACCAGGACCUAUUGAACAUCCUCUUCCAUGAAUAUGUUGAGACCGUGUCGUUGCUCAACUGCCGCUGGAACUACCGGCCGGAGCACUGCCGCAGGACCGCGAUCUGCGCCGUCCUCCCUCCAGCUCUGCUGCACGACCCUUCCAGGAGCAACGGGACGGCCAGCGAGCCUUCGUUCGCGGCAGUUUACAAAGCCAUGCAAACGGCCUCCAUGGUACCGGGCACGUCCGCACGCUACUACUACGCCGGCGCCUGCCUCUUCUGCGUUUCGCUCGCCGUCUUCUUGGUUUUCUACGGCGGCGACCAAACGAGAGCAGUCAAACUACCUGUGUGGUUCCCGAAAGCCACCCCCGCGAACGACACCACCACCGCUCGAAGGCACCAGCGCAAGCCGGUCACUAUCUUGUUCUGGACCACAACGUUCCACUCGCAGCCCAAGCCGCUUUCCGAUGCCGAUAGCGGGCUCGUUCCUACAACAGCUGCAGCGUCCCUUGCUUCCUCACCAGGGACAGGUCUUUGAUAAGAUCAGCGGAUGCCGUCGUGAUUCACGACAGGGACGCCGACGGAAACGACCUUCCCAGAUACCGCGCCGAGCACCAGCGAUGGGUGUACUGGAAUAUGGAGGCACCCCCCAACAGCCGUCCCGAGCAAAUGGUGAGACUCAGGGGCGUCUUCAACUGGACGUACACCUACCGCCGCGACUCGGACGUGCCGCAUC